AUGGAGCAGGACCCUACCUCUGUGUGCCGCAUAUGCCAGGCAGGCGAUGCCCCGAUCAUUCGUCCGUGCCAGUGCGAGGGUACCAUGGCGUAUGCGCACCCAUACUGCCUCGCGGAGUGGAUCGCGUCGCGUGGGGAGCUGUCGUGUGAGGUGUGUGGCACAGCCUACACGCUUCAGGUGGCCAUAGAGGACGUGCCACCCCUCACAUCUCUGAGAGGCUUGCAGCUGGCCGCAAACCUCCUUGUGACGCGGCCAUUGCGUCGUCUGUGCGGCUUACUGUUCACACCGCUUCAGGUGCUUGUGUGCUCCUUUGUCGUGCUAUUUGCCAGCACAAUGAUGUGGCGCAGCUGUGUGACUCACGUGAUGCUCCGCCACAGGGCCCCCGUUGAGUUUCCAAUAUUUGGCGGGCUCUUCUACGUCCUUGGCGCCGUAAUCACUGUUGUACCCGUCGCGCUGCUCUGGGCCUUUGAGCAGUUUCGAGUGUGGGUGUUUCUGCACGAGGACUACGUCGUUGGCCUCCCACCGGAGACGCCGGUGCAGCCACCGGCGAACGCCGCCGAAGACGAGGCGGCCACAUUUGCUCUGAAUGAGGCAUUCACGCGGUGGAAUGCAGGGUCGCAGAGCGCUACGCUCAGCCGCUACCUCGCCGCAACCGAGGCGCAGAUGAGCAAAGACGCCACGCUGCAGCUUCUAAAAGCGAAAGUGCGCGCCAGCCGAGGACCCGCUCAGCGGCUCAGCUCGUGGAGCUUCGGCCCUGCUCGGUAUGCUGCGAAGGCGCUGUUCGUGCACAUGAUCGGCGUCAGUGCCGUCGUCCUUGGGCACGUCACCCUGAGCACCCUCCAGUCGUUUUGCCACGGCGCCGUCGUAUUGUGUCGCCUCCUGCUUCCGCCCGCGUACCAUCCCUCCCUGCACCUUCACGCGGCCACAGCCGUAACGUCCGCCGUAGUGCCGCCGUACGUGUACUGGGUCGCCGCCUCCGUGGUGGGGCUGAUGGAGUGGCCGCUGAUGCUGCGCGCUGCGGCGCGCUGCCGAAGGGUCGCCGAUGGACGGCUGCCCCGCUCCCUCUUCCUGUGCAGCCUCUUCACCCGCAGCACCGCCUCGCUUCUUGCGCUUUUCCUUGCGUGGGGCGUCGUGAUUCCUGUCAUUGUGUACGUGUGUCUUUUCCCUUUCUUUGUGGAGGGUGACCUCGCCGUGCUGAUGGAGCGCCGCGAUGCGUGGCAGGUCCUUCGUACGGAGCACCUCCUUCCGCUCCACUGCGAUGGCGCGACACGCGCUUCCGCAUUUGCCGUGAAGCCGCUCGUGCAGCCGAUCAACGUGGCCCGAGCGCUUUUCACGGUCCUCCCUGAUGUUUGGAGGGGGGUGUCUCCGCCCUUGUUCGAUACCGAGACCUGUGGGGCGGCGGUGUCUCGCCCAUCCGCCCAUCCGUCGCCGGUGUCUUUGGCUGAGUUCAUGUGGUACAGCGCUGGGGUGCUUCUACGAAUCUCCACCUUCUCCACGUGGCUGACGCUCAUUGGGUCGAUGCAGACCACGCUGCUGUGGCUGCUGACGGGCGCCUUUACGGUGCUUUCGCCGUACACGCUGUUUGCCCAGGACCUUGCAGAGAAUGAGUUCUUCUUUGCCUUUCUCCGCUUGCACGGACGUGGCUUCUGGCGGACGCUGCUUGAGGCGCCUCUGCUCGUAGCGUUGUACACAGUAACCGUUGGCUUUGGCGCGUUUGCCAGUCUCCAUCACCUAUUCCCAGAGACGCUUCCCAAGUCCCUGACGUACCUGCCCCUCUACUCUCCCGAGAAGCAGGACAUGCACUUCCACUUCCUGUACUGCUGGUUGAGCAUCCUGAAGCGGCUGCACACGUCCGUGCGGCGGUGGCUCUCGAGCUGUUUCCUCUACUCCAACGACACCACUCCCGAGAUGGAGCAGCGAGGUAGCCAGGUGGUGGAGCGCGCCGCUUACGCCGUCUGCUUGGUGGGCGCCAACAUACUCAUAGGUGCAGCGGUGGAGUGGGCCUCGUGGAGUGUGUGGUUUCCCUUUUGCGGGUUCGCCUUCAGUAUCGUGCGUGUCGUUCAACACGGUGGAAACUUAAACGCGGCGUUUCCGCAGCUGCGGCGCGGCGCGCAGAACUUGAAGAUGCAGGCAGUCAUGCUGUGCUUGUACGGGGCCUCCGUGGACUUCACCAGAGUCGAUACCUGCCUGUGCAGGCGACUCGUGCGCGUCAAAUCGAGUCGGAUGGUGCCCGAGCUGCGGCAGAGGGCUGGCGAGAAGAACGACACGACGCUGUUGCUGCUUUUGUCGUCGCUCGCCGAUGUCCGCAGCGACGGUGUGGUCGUGUGCUCGCGCGACACGCUGCAACGUCUCACCACGGAAACAGCGCAGUACCUGGCCACACUCCCCCGCUUGAGUGUUGCCGCAAUCCUUGCAGUGGCUGCGCCGCUGGUGGUGUGCUCGCAGUGGCACCUGAACUACGUCGAUCGUCUUGCCGCAGACUACGUAGCUCUGCCGUUCUGGUUCUGCUUGCUUCUCCGCUGGGCAACGGGUGCGCUCGCCGUAGCGGCGUGGGUGCUUGCUGAGGGUGCACUCCUGCGCACCUCCCUCUUUCAUCGCUGCCUCGAGUACGCGCCGCAGCUGACUCAAGGGCCCCCGUCGCUGGGAGCCGUCCACGCGGUUUUGUUGCCGUCUGUCAUUCACGGCGGGCUCGUGCGAUUCGCUAUCGGGGCGCUCACAUGUCUCUCUGACGGGAGUCUGCUUCCUACGUUCGGGCAGAUGUCGCUUCUCGCAGCGCUACUGCUUCUCGGCUUCUUACACCGCACAAUGCAGCUGGCCAACGCCGACUGGGGCGGCAGGCUUGCCCGCUUUCAGAUACACCGGAUUAUCAUUCCGCUGCUGCCAGGGCACGUUGGCCCGCCUGCGCCCCCAGAGCCGACAGGCGACGCUGCCCAGCCAGUCGUUCGCAAUGACGACGACGGCGCAGCACUGCCGCCACAGGGGCAACAGAUGCAACAACAACCGCAGCCACCGCAUGCGCACAAUGAUGUCGCCGCAGCGAAGCCGCCGUGGACGGCUCGCCUGCGCACGCGUAUUGCUCGCUGGCUGGCAUUGCAGACUGCCAGUGAUGUCGUACUUGUUGCCUACCCGCGAUCGCCAGCCCCGCAGAGCACGCUUACCGGAUCGUGA